UUAUCACUGUCAGACUGACAGUGACACCUAAAAUCCCUAGAAGUGCCCCAAAAAAUUGUUAUCUGACUCGUUGGGAGGAGGUUUUGUUCAAUUAAAUAACAAAACCUGCCGAAUUAUUAUCAGAAAUUUAAAAAAUGAUUCGUUUUAUAUUAAUCCAAAACCGGGCGGGUAAAACACGUCUAGCUAAAUGGUACAUGAACUUCGACGACGACGAGAAGCAGAAACUGAUAGAGGAGGUGCACGCCGUGGUCACAGUUCGCGACGCGAAACACACAAAUUUUGUUGAGUUCCGCAACUUCAAGAUUGUCUACCGUCGAUACGCCGGCCUCUACUUUUGCAUAUGCGUCGACGUGAACGACAAUAACUUGUGCUACUUGGAAGCAAUACAUAACUUUGUUGAAGUACUCAAUGAAUAUUUUCACAAUGUUUGUGAGCUAGACCUCGUUUUUAAUUUUUACAAAGUGUAUACCGUUGUUGACGAGAUGUUCCUGGCGGGCGAAAUCAGGGAGACGUCCCAGACCAAAGUACUCAAGCAGUUGCUAAUGUUGAACUCACUUGAAUAAUUUUAUCAAAAACGAUAUCAUAUUGUAGAAUCUUAUUUUAUGCCAUUCCUGUUUUUGUGUAUAUGUUUAAAUGCAGGACCGUUGUUUAAGUUAGAAAAUAUCGGCAAGAUUGGGUGUAUAUCUGAAGUGUAAAUUUCUUAUUGAUUUAAUUAUGAAUUAUGUAUGAAGAGCCAACAUGAACAAUAUAAAUACA